AUGAGCUUAGAACUUUACGGAUCCAAGGACAAGACUUUAUUGGCUUUGGUCAACAAUUUGAAGUUAUCCAUUGCUGCUGCCGCGUAUGACCCAAAACUCGUUGUAAAAUUACCUGAAGACAGUGAUCAUCAAAUUGGCGUUUUGUUGAAGGACAAAAAGACUGGAUUCGAAUUAUUCGAACCUAAUGCUAUUGUCAAGUAUUUGGCAAAGAACUACACGAUUGAUGAACAUAUCAAGAUUGAGGAGAAAGAAUUGCAUCAAGCUGUAUUGACUAAUAGAAAGGAAAGUCUUGAACAAGUUCAAGUUUCAACUCCAUCUAAAGUUGAAGUCAACCCAUCGCAGAUUAUUCUUUUUUCGUCAUUGUAUCCAAUUUACGUCAAUGGAUCCAAUAAUUGGUUUAAUGAGUUUGCCGAAAAGGUAAAUAAAGGUGUGCAACAUGCAUUGUCAAUUACUAAAGUCGAAAGAGUCAAGGAAGAAAACACUGGGGCUCAAAAUUACAUCAAAGACUAUUUGGUAAAGGACCAGGCAGAAAGGAUUGUUCCCAAACCAGAUGAACGUAAUAUCUUGAUUACCUCAGCAUUGCCAUACGUUAAUAACGUUCCUCAUUUGGGAAAUAUUAUAGGGUCAGUAUUGAGUGCUGAUAUAUAUGCCAGAUAUGUCAAGAAUAGAAACCAUAAUGCCAUUUUCAUUUGCGGUACUGAUGAGUAUGGUACUGCUACUGAAACCAAAGCUUUGGAAGAUGGUGUCACACCAAAGCAAUUGUGUGACAAGUACCACAAGAUUCACAAAGACGUUUAUGAUUGGUUCGACAUUGGCUUUGAUUACUUUGGUAGAACUACAACUGAUUUGCAAACUGAAAUUGCUCAGGAUAUCUUUCUUAAAUUGCACAAGAACGGAUAUUUGGAAGAAAAAACCACUGAGCAAUUGUAUUGUGAACAACAUCAUUCGUUUUUGGCUGAUAGAUUCGUUGAAGGAACAUGUCCUAAAUGUGGUUAUGAAGAUGCUAGAGGUGACCAAUGUGAUAAGUGCGGUAACUUAUUAGACCCGUUGGAUUUGAUCAAUCCAAGAUGUAAAGUUGAUGGAGCAAAACCAGUUGCAAGAAACUCCACUCACAUCUACCUCAAAUUGAAUGAUUUAGAAGAACCAUUAAAAAAAUGGGUGGAAGAAGCCAGUGGUGUAUGGUCUAAGAAUUCAAAGACUAUAACCAACUCCUGGAUUAAGCAAGGUUUGGAACCCAGAUGUAUUACUCGAGAUUUGAAAUGGGGUACUCCAGUUCCAUUGCCUGGUUAUGAAGAAAAAGUGUUGUACGUUUGGUUUGAUGCCACCAUUGGUUAUGUUUCCAUUACUGCCAACUAUUUUAGAGAGAACGACUCAACAGACACUGAAAACUGGAUCAAAUGGUGGAAAAACCCAGAAAAUGUCGACUUGUAUCAAUUUAUGGGCAAGGAUAAUGUUCCAUUCCAUACAGUUGUUUUCCCUGCAUCUGAAAUUGGCACUGGAGACAAUUGGACCAAGUUGUACCAUUUAAGCACAACAGAAUACUUGCAAUACGAAGGUGGGAAAUUCUCCAAAUCUAGAGGUGUUGGUGUUUUUGGAAACAAUGCCAAAGAAACAGGUGUUUCCUCAUCAGUUUGGAGAUACUACUUGGCUUCAAUUAGACCUGAAACUGGUGAUGCUCAAUUUUCAUGGGACGAAUUUGUCGCCAAGAAUAAUAGUGAGUUGUUGGCCAACUUGGGUAAUUUUGUCAAUCGUAUUGUUAAAUUUGUCAAUGCCAAAUAUAAUGGUGUUUUGCCCAAGUAUAAUCUCGAUAACAUUCCAAAUUACAAGGAAUUUGUCAACGAGUUUAAUGCAUUAUUGAAGGAGUACAUUCAAGCUAUGGAUGGAAUUCAAAUCAGAAAAGGUUUGGAACUUGCCAUGGCAUUGUCGGCGCGUGGUAAUGCAUUCUUACAAUCGAAUCGUAUUGAUAACAAGAGUUUUGAAGAAGAACCUGAUAGAAUUGAUGCGGUUGUCAAUGUUGGAAUCAAUAUUGCUUACUUGUUGUCAGCAGUGUUUUACCCAUUCAUGCCACUGACGUCAAUACAAAUUAAUAGAAUAUUGAAUGCACCUGCAUUGUCCAUCCCUGAUCAGUUCACCCUCGUCUUGCUUGCUGGUCACAAUAUUGGCGCUGCUGAAUAUCUUUUCAAGAGAAUUGACGAAAAGAAGAUUGAUGAGUGGAGGAAAUUGUACGGUGGCCAACAGAAAUGA